AUGACGUCUCCAAGCUUUAUUUUGCCUAGCCUUCUGCUGAAUCCUAUCGCCUUUGUGGAUCCCUUCCCUUCUCAGUGGCGCCUUACCUCCAGGCUCGAUGAGUACUCUUUCGACAUGAAGGAAGGCGAAACAAAGUACGGAUUACGUGUUCCAUAUACUCGAGCGCUCUUUGGCUGCGAAGAGGUUGGGAAUCCGGGCCACAAAGGCUACGUAUUGCUCUAUAUGCAAAUCCCUUUCGAAGGAACUGAAUUUGCAGCACCAGACGUUCGAGCUCAUCAAGCCUCACUUGACCUCCCUUAUUCUGCACUCGAUCAGUAUACAUGCUAUCAGACCCUGAAAAACAUCGGCUCUGAGCACACUCCAACGCUAAUCGGUUCUAAAAAAGAAUCCCAAGGUCAGGAUAGCUGGGUUCCCGGAGGUUAUCUUUUUUAUAUAGCCUUCAGCAAAGUCCCAGGAGUUAGGAUUCUGUCAGGAGUGAUCGGUGAAGGGCUUUUUUACACUCUUCCACUGUCAAAGAGAGACCAAAUCCGCGAGGCCUUCAAAGUUGCAUACACAUCCUUUGCCAAAAGCGGUGUCCUCCCAAGUUGGGAUGCUCAGCGAGAGCUUUACUGGGACGAGCAUACCGGUAAACUGUAUAUUGCCGGUCCUUUUGAGCGAUCAACGGAUGCGUGGGAGUGGGAUCCCGAUCUGUGGGAAUUCUGGUUCCUAGAUGAAGGUGAAGUUACCAAAGCAAAGAGUACGAUGUGA